AUAAAAAUCAGUUUAAAUAUAUAUUUUUGAGUCAAAAUGUGAAGAAAUGAGAUUCACUGACCGCAAUAUGAUCUGAAGUUACGUCUUUCCUAUAUAUCCCAUGAUGCUCAGCAAUCACGUUCUCUUUUAGCUGGGACAAUAUGGAGACCAGGUAGUGAAUAGUGAACUUUACAAUUUAAUCCUGUCCAUCCUUGGAUUUUGAAAAGCUUUUUCGUUUUAAAAAUGCUAUGCUUUUGUAGUUUAAGUACCAUUCUAUCAAGUUUAAGUUGUAUUUUUACAAGAAAUUGUAUGUUUCUUGGUUAAAAUUGCAAUUGUAUUUUGACCAUGUAUUUCCAAUGAAAACAUUUUAUGGAAUGAAGCUCAGUUUUAUUGAUUGUAUGUCUUAAGUAGCAUAUGUAGAUAUUUAAAUCAAUCAGUACUAGUCUAAAAUUGCUAUAUGUAGUUAGAUAAAUCUGUUUUGUGAUAAGUAUUUUAUUAUAAUAGUCAUAAACAUUUUGGAACAAUUUUUGCCAUAUAAAUGCACGUUUGGUUUGGGGGAAAUAAGUUGCUACAGAGAGGAAUCCAGUUUGUACAGUAAAUAGUCUGAUUCCUACCCUAAACUGGGAUGAAUUCAUCCCUCUAGUCACUACUAUCAAUAUUGCAAGAAUCAUGCCUUUUCCAACGUAGACAUCCAGCGGAAUUAGCCUCCACUGGCUCUGUCUGUAUGGCACAUGGGAGCCGAACAUCUUUGAUUUGAGGUAUAUUCCCAGCCAUGACGUUGAACAUUAAAACUGCCCCAGAUAUUCUAAAUAUCUGCUUGGUGCAGUACUUUGCAUAUUCCUUGUGUGUCCUAGAGUCACUAUGUGACAAUGACUAGGAGGAUAAACCAUGCAAUGAACAGUUAACCCUAUAGCUUUGCUUAGUGUGCAAGACAAAUCUACAUAUAAUCUCAAACGGGUAGUGUAGGUAGCGACGAUCACAGUAUCAAUAAGAGUAUUUACUUUUUCGUUGAUGGAUUCAGGUUUUUUCCAGAGUUGAACAAGCUCUAGCAAAAUAGGCCAUAACUCCGGCGCACAGCACUAUAAUCUGCAGUUGUCAUUUAACUACAUAGUAUACUGCUUUAUAUGACUAGUACUAGACUGUCUUAUUUCAUUGGGUCGUUCCCAAAAAGAUCCAUACUCCCCCCACAGAGGAAAUUUCUGCCGUCCGGAGGGGGAGGGGAGAAAAAAUUGUUUCUGAUAAUAGUAAAUGUAUUAGGGCAUCCAAAGGGGGUAGGGGGCUUAACUUCCUAUUUCCUCCGUGGGGGUGGUAUGGAUGUUUUCUGGAAUGACCCAUUUUGAUGUAUUCAUUGUUGUUAAACUUGUUUAGCAAUAAAUUGCCAACUGUUCCAGAAACCGUUCUCAAGAAAAGGAAAAGAUUAGAACAAAUCAAAGCUUCCAGAGCUAAAGCCUUGCUUGCUCAGAAGAAGGUAAUAUUAGUUUGCUGCUUUGGGUAACUUCUGAACCAUAAAACACAACGUGAGUCAAGCAUUAAUAUCAACGUAGACAUCCAGCGGAAUUAGCCUCCACUGGCUCUGUCUGUAUGGCACAUGGGAGCCUAACAUCUUUGAUUUGAGGUAUAUUCCCAGCCAUGACGUUGAACAUUAAAACUGCCCCAGAUAUUCUAAAUAUCUGCUUGGUGCAGUACUUUGCAUAUUCCUUGUGUCUCCUAGAGUCACUAUGUGACAAUGACUAGGAGAAUAAACCAUGCAAUGAACAGUUAAACUAUAAAAAUCUCGCCAUAAUGCAAAUAUUUCAUAUGACCUAGAUGAUAGCUAUGCGUAUAUGCCUUGACGAUGUCUGCUUUUGUAUUGUAGGCCAAUAAAGAUAAACGAAAAGUCAUUUUCAAACGUGCUGAACAGUAUGUGAAGGAAUACAGGCAAAAGGAACGAGAUGAAAUCCGGCUGCGACGAAUGGGAAACCAGUUUGGAAAUUUUUAUGUUUCCGCAGAAGCGAAACUUGCAUUUGUCAUUCGAAUCCGAGGGUAAGUCCAUUUGUAACGUUGGUAUGCUUGGGCUGCAAUUGACAUUGUUCCUAUUUUUUGUUUUUAGUAUAAAUGGUGUAAGUCCAAGAGUGCGAAAAAUCUUGCAACUUUUCCGACUUCUUCAGAUCAACAAUGGUGUGUUUGUGAAACUGAACAAAGCUACAUUGAACAUGCUAAAUAUUAUCCAACCUUACAUUGCUUUUGGGUAAGUUAAUGCUUUGAUGCCAAAGGGCAAUAUAAAAUGAAAAAAGACCGGCUAAAUUUUUAAAUUAGACAUGUCUGAUAUGAUUGGAGCAAUUUCCAACGUAGACAUCCAGCGGAAUUAGCCUCCACUGGCUCUGUCUGUAUGGCACAUGGGAGCCGAAUAUCUUUGAUUUGAGGUAUAUUCCCAGCCAUGACGUUGAACAUUAAAACUACCCCAGAUAUUCUAAAUAUCUGCUUGGUGCAGUACUUUGCAUAUUCCUUGUGUCUCCUAGAGUCACUAUGUGACAGUGACUAGGAGAAUAAACCAUGCAAUGAACAGUUAUAUAUUUUAGCAAAUAAAUAACUAUUAAUAAAAUAAUAGAUUUAGUAUUGCAUAUUUUACUCAGUUUAAUGCAAGAUGAUUUUACUGCAAAGGGAAAACUUGUUGGGUUUUAAUGGAUUAAAAAUAAUUUUUAUUGCAUAGUUAUCCGAACCUGAAAAGUGUCCGUGAGUUGAUCUACAAACGUGGUUUUGUAAAAAUCAACAAGCAACGAAUCCCGAUAACAGAAAACGCCCUCAUCGAACAACAACUUGGGAAAUUUGGCAUCAUUUGUAUAGAAGAUCUUAUCCAUGAAAUUUUCACAAUCGGUCCACAUUUCAAAGAGGCAAAUAAUUUCCUCUGGCCUUUCAAAUUGUCCAAUCCAACAGGAGGCUUGAGGAAAAAGAGGAAUCAUUUUGUGGAGGGUGGAGAUUUUGGCAACCGUGAGGAAAAGAUAAAUGCUUUGAUUCGUCAAAUGAACUAAAAAUUUUGAGUUGCAAUAAAAUGUUCUUACUCCUGAAUUGAUGUUGUUGUAUUUUUCUAUUUUGUUUAUAUUACCUGGUUUAGUAGCCAGGCAGUAUUGGGCGGCAUGCAAAUGCGGGAAGUGAGAAAGUGCC